GGCUCAAGCUACACAGACCGCAUUUAAAUAUCAGACUCGAAAGAGCAAGGGAGUUACGUGUUUUAUUUCAAAUUACGAAUUAUAAAAAGAAUUCCUUAAAUUACAAGCGAAAUGAGUGUAAAGACACUCACUAAAACAAUGACUGUGAACGUUUUCUAUGUGAUUUUAAUUUGCUUAUUGUGCUCGUACAUCGGCAUCAGUUCCGCAGCAUCUGUAAAAAGUUUUGAACAGGAGGUACUUGAUGCCCACAAUUUCUACAGAGCCCGCCACAAUGCGCCUCCCUUGGAGCUAAAUGAUGAUCUUUCAGAUCUGGCCACCGAUUGGGCUAAGUAUCUGUUGGCCACCAAACGCAUGGAGCAUCGUGAGAACAGUGGCUAUGGAGAAAAUAUAUAUAUGGCAGUUGGUGGUGAUCUCGAUGGUUCAGAUGCAGUCAAAAGCUGGUAUGAUGAAAUAGAAGAUUACAAUUGGCGUCGUCCAUCGUUUCAAAUGAACACUGGUCACUUUACUCAAGUCGUUUGGAAGGGUUCCAAAGAGCUGGGCGUGGGAUUUGCAAAAUGCGGCAAUACCAUCUAUGUAGUCUGCAACUAUGAUCCACCAGGCAACUAUAUAAACAUGUUCCAAAAAAAUGUUAGUCCGGCAAAUUGAUUUUCUAACAUAAUUUUAUGAAAUUAUUUAACUGCAUUCCCUUUUAAAUUACUAUAAUAAUUACUAUAUAAAUAUAAUCUAUAAGCAUGAAUUUAAUACUAAGAUUCCUUGAUUUUAAAACAUUUAUCGUAGAACAAAGUUCAUAGCUUAUUGAUCAUAAAUACUAUCCAUAUUUCAUUGAA